UUAGAUUGAGAGGAUCUUCCGAAGCUAAGAUUAUGUCAAAUUCAACUGGCUGUGCAGCUUGUAAGUAUCUAAGGAGGAGAUGUGCUAAAGAUUGCGCUUUGGCUCCUUAUUUCUCUACAUCACACCCUGAAAGAUUUGCUCCUGCUCGUAUAAUAUUUGGAGCUACCGAUGUCAGCAGAAUGUUGCAGAACCUAGCUGUGGAGCAGCUCAACCAAAGGGCGAACGCCAUCGCGUCAGAGGCCUACCGGCGAGUGAGAGAUCCAGUCUAUGCGGUGCAAUCUAACCUCGCAGAGACUCAAGCUCAGGUUGCACUCCACAGUGUUCAGCAACAACAGCACCAACAAGAGAACCAAGUACAACUUGAGAAUCAUCAGUACAACUUGGAUAAUACUCAGCAAUUUGGAUUGGACCAAGGUCCUUCUAGUUUUCAAAGCCCUCCAAAUUUCCCUUGAUUUUUAACUUUUUCUUUUGAAUAAUGGUUCAAGGUUUUCUGGAUGGAGGAAUAA